ACCGUGACCGUCUAUUACGUCUAAAAUGGCGGCUGUGGCUGCUUCGAGCUACAAUGCAUCUACUUGGAAACUUGAACGGACGUCUUGUGAGUCGUAUUUACGAGGUUGUACACAAUGACAUAGUUUGCGAAAAACAGUUGUGCACGCACUUUUCCGGAAAUAAGUGUGUUGCAUCUUAAACACUAGCUUUAUUUCAAUGAAAUAGGUUUCGACUUCUGAGCGAGUGAUCAGUGAUCGUCCGUUGAAAAACCUGUCAGUGGCACAUACGGGUGAUGCCACUGCUGAUCAAGGUGGCCGUCCGAUACCACACACAAAGGCGAACUUGAAAGCCCGAGACGCUCAUAUCGACAAUACAGGACUUCCAAAGUCUGCCUUGUUAACACCGAAAAUGAGCUUGAUUCAAAGGAGUCCGAAAAGUGUGAAUUCGGAGUCUCCAAACUGUUACUCGUCUGCUGCACCGACACAUGUGGUUAGACUUCCAAACAACCGUGUGAAUAUUUCUGAAAGCGGCAUGUCCAGUAUGUCAUCUCAAAGAAAUUAUUCACUUCCACACAACUUUGAAAACGGUGAAAUGGAUUUGAACUUCCAUGCCCAGUAUCGUUCCCCAGCACCAGACUGUGAAGACUGCGAAGAGCGAGACGCAACUGUCGUCCUCACAGAUGAGGUACAGGACGAAAACCUUUACGAGCCCUAUGCAGAAACAGACUUAGACAACCUUGAUGAGACUACAGAUUUCAGCCAGAAGUAUAAGGAACGUGUCGAUAGUUACCAAAAUUACAACGGAUCGCAGAUCAAACGACCAGAUGCUAUGAAAAAUUUUGAGUACCCAGUGGAGGAGGCAUCCACAUCUUUUUCUCAAGAUACAGUCAAAGUGUACUGCACAGAGGGAACCCCUGUCGCCAUAUCGUCGGCCUCCUCGCUGACUGACCUGAGGCAUGUUGCAGACGUUGGUAAUGUUCCCAAGUCAAGGAGAAGAGAUGAUCGUAAGCCAAAAGAGGUCCAGAUUGAGGAGACGGAAAUAGAAACAUACAAUGAGAGUAAAUCUACAAAUAAACAAGACAGGAGUUUACUCCCCGCAGAGAAAGAACGACAUGGCACUCCUCCCACAAAGGAAACAAAAAUGGUAUCAUUUGUGGAAGAAAUCAACUUUGCGGAAGAGACUCCACUAAUGUUCUCAAGGAGCAGCUCUCUAGGGUCUCUGAGUAGCUUUGACCAGCAGGGGACAAAUGAUGAUCGUGGAUUGACGACUGGGAAUUGCAGCCAGCAGACAAGUGGGAACAUAUCUCCGAGCGACCUGCCUGACUCGCCAAGUGAAACUAUGCCACCCAGUCCUCGACACGUCUCUCGCCGUCCAGUCUUCCGGCUUCCGCCGUGCGUGUACCCAAUACCCCCUCCCGUCGACUCAGUCUUCAAAGAACUGCCACAGAGUUUCGCUGAAGAGGACACCCCUUGCAGAAUCUCGCAGGCGACCAGCCUCAGUUCUCUCACAAUCGACGAUGUGCCAUGCAUCACUGAAGCGCAGUGCAUUAGCGAAAUUGAUAUCAAGUCUGACGGUGUUUUCAGUGAUGUGAAACAUAAGUUUGCAGAAGAAGGGACUCCAUUUCAGAUCUCGCGAGCAGAGAGUUUGAGUCCCCUUCCCAUGGACGAUGGCUGUGAUGAUGGUGAACGAAAUGGGGUGGAGAUAGCAAAAUACAGUGCCCAGGAGAGAAACGAAAGUGCAGUGGUUAAUGGGAUGCUCAAGCGAGAAGGCAAUUAUCUCGGCUCUCAAAAACAUGGAAGCACUGCGAUUGGUUGCGACGUUGUGUAUCACGGAUCUCCGAGAAUGCAACCAAGGCACGAGUACGUGUAUCAAAAUAUAACGAGGAACGUAAUUGCUGACAAAAGGUGUGAAAGAAUGUCUGUCCCCAUGCAAAGCCACGUGCCAGCUGCAGUUGGUGUCACCGGUCGCAAAAUAGCGAGGGUUCAAAUACACAUGAACAGCCACGGUGAAGAUUUUGCGGAUGACGACAUCUUUGGAGACGCAAAACGAGAGUUUAUGGAGGAAGGAACACCCUACCAAUACUCCCGACGCACCAGCCUCAGUUCGCUGUCAUUUGAUGAUGAGCCGGUGUCCUCAGCAGCUCGUGGGCCCGUCCUUGAUGCAGUCACCCACACCACCGCUUGGAAUUCUGACUUGUCAAACAGGGAUGUUGACCAACAGCGUGGUCAUCCCAACAGGAACCUGACAUUUUCUCCUGCCUGUGCUCAACCCUCUGUACGGCUACAGUCAUCGACUUUUGCGGAUGAAACUAGGGUUUACUGCACGGAAGACACGCCAGCAAAUAUAUCUCACGCAGACUCUUACAGUGAUUUAACUAAUCUUACCGUGGAGAGAUCAAUGCAUGAACGUAGAGACUGGGCAAACACUAUUGACAAAGACAACAUUCCCACUGAACUUGACGAGACGGAAACGCAGAUUUGUGAGAACACAGUUGAAAACAAAGUUGAAAAGCGUACUCAAAUUUCAGAAUCUUGUCGGCAAUCCCCUUUGGAGGGAAAUGUGUCAAAGAUGAACGCUCCGUUCCACUCGCCCUCUAUCGGUGAAGCAAUUCAUCAUCCUCAAAACACACCCAGUUCAUGCUCAAGAAAAGUGCCAGCAAAAAGUGGAAGUAACACAGAUAACGCGCUCAAUUUGUGUGGCAGUACGAGGAGAACAUCCGAUUUUGCGGUCGAUGCCGUCUCCAGGAAACAGUUUGGAAGUGACGGAAAUAUACGUUACGACGACGCCUCGUCAGGAAGGAAGCUGGCGGGCAACAGACAAAGCAAGAGCACAGUGUAUUUAGCUAAUGUCGACUCUUCACGCCUCCAGGGGAUGCAUUGCGCGUACGAAACCGAACAGUCGACAAGGCCCUGUCAAACGGGGAUACAGCGUGAAGACGUGAAGAUUGCAAGUAGGAAUAGGGACGACGAUGGCAGUGCCGUCUACAACUCUACCAAACAUCCUGUCUCACUGCCCAAAACGUACCCUUCGGAUGAAGACGACGAGAUUGAUGACAGUGCUAUACAGGCUGAAGUAAUUAGGCGUGGGAUGCCACAAUCUUCCAGCGCUCCAGUAUUUUCCGCGAUUCCCUACGUAAGCCCCGAGCAAACCGUUGCUGGAAAGCAGAGCUCUUCGUGUGUGGAAUCUGAUGAUGAAGCCAACGACAGUCGUAUACUUGAGGAGCUAAUCAGGCUGGGAAAGCAACAAGUUCAAGUGACGCCUUCGGUACCUGCAGGUGAUGCUCGUACAGGCCACACGUCGAGGCCUCGAACGAAAGAACGACCCGAUUUCCUUCCCGGUUCUCAGUUGUCCGACCAUGCAAUGAAACCUAUGCAAGUGUCUGCCCCACAUACUUUCAGUCCACCAUCGACGCACGAUCCGCAGUUCCAAAAGCUGAUGGAGUGUAAUCGUGCCGGGCUUGCUGCAAGGCGUUCCGAACAAGCUGGAAAACUGCAGAAGCAGAACUUGGUUCGCUACGAACAGCGGUCCUGUUCAGAAAGGAGACGAAAGCCAGUAAAUACUCUGCGGAGCGACGUGGAAUACACGUCCGCUUGUGACGUACCUGAGUUGUACAAAAGGCACGAGUAUAGAUUCAAAGAAGGUGCAUCUGCAAACUAUAAUGACUUCAUAUCCAGAAAGCCAGACAUCACAGUGAUGCAGUGUUACGCCUCGCCAAUGAUAAGCCGCCAGCUGCCUAGUCACAAGCAAGUGUUUCAGCAGUUUAGCAAAUGUAAUCUCUCCUCUUCCGAGCCCAACAAAAACGACGUUCCUCUAACAGAGCCCACCCAAACUUCAGCUACAAGGAAGACAUCAUCAUCACCACAAGCUGCACAAAUGCCGGAACACACAAUCUCCGAUUCUGAGGACGAGGAGGUGGACCUGAAAUGUCUCCGAGAACUGAUCCUGAAGGGAAGUUGCGGUAUGUCAGACGCCUUGCCAAAGUUACCCCCUGCUCGGGAAAGGGAAAAGCUGCCAAAUUGUCCAGCCACUAGUCCAAUGAAGAGUGACCCCCUGCAGAAAAAGAAGCCGACAGCGAGCGAAGACAGUGCAUUGCAGGCGAUGGCACGUCUGACCAUAUCGUCUUCGAGUGAUGUGCCAAAACGCGAAAGCUCUCCGGCGAGGGUGGACGUUGUAGCUGUGCCUUCCUGUAGUUUUUUAGACUGCUCAACACAAACAGACGACCUCGACAGCCUGCCUGUCCCCACAGCGGGGACAUCUAGUACAGUGGUGGAACGUGAAACUGUGCCAAAAAUAUGCAAGGACAGCGUUACAGAAACAGACUUUGUAUCCCACGGUACGUGCGCUCGUGUGGACGGACUUCAAAGUGCUGUUAAGCCUGCGGAUAAUUUCCCUAGUGCCUCGUUCACCAUUCAUAGUCAGUGCAAUAGACCUGAUGCCUCUAGACAGUUAAAUGUAGUGAAACCUCAUCAAGAAAAACUGCCUUCUUGCCCUACCGCUCGCAAUCAAGAGAAGUCUUCCAUAUCCUCAAACACAGAGCACUGCCAAGGUUCGCAAGGUGCAUCAGAAGCGUUGUCAGAGAGAAUCGAACACAGGACAGUUUCUCAAGGAGUUAAUGGUCAAGAAAAAAAGAAGUACGACAUGCCGCCUGAACCACCCGCGGACUCUAUGGAAAGGGUCACUGCAAUUAGAAUCAAGCUCCCAAAUGGACGUUCGCUCACCCGUAGGUUCAUGGCCUCUUGGGAAUUGAGAGUUCUGCUUACAUUUCUUGAGUCUUUGGGUUAUCCCAAAGACAAGUUCAAGAUCCUCAAAAACUGGCGAAGGCAAGAGUUGUCAACGUCAAACCCAACGCAAACAUUGGAGCAGCUCAAGUUGUACCCAAAAAAAACUUUGACAAUCAAGGAGCGGUGAGAAAAAGCUGCAAUUUACCUGUAAAUAGGUGUUAUUCAAUUUAUUUGGAGUCACGAAGUACAAAUAAACCCGCAGCUAUAUUUUUGUUGCUGUGAACAAACACA